CACGGGAGGGGGAGGGAGGGGGAGAGAGAGAACACUGAAGAGAGAGAAAAUGAAAGGAGGGAAAAAGAGGAAUACCAACGCUGACCCAGUACAACCAUCCGGACCUCCGCCUUCUGAACCCUCCACCGCCGUGGUCUCCGUCAAUGGCGGAGGCGAUGUGGUGGGAGAGGAGCGGAGGAAAAAUCCAGAGGAGAGUGAGAGAUUUGAGACUGGAGAUGAGGCUUAUGAAGAGGAAGAAGGGGAGGAGGAGGAUUCGGAAGCUGAGAAAGAGUACGAGCAGUUUGAAAACAUACAAAUUCAGGAGGGAGAGGAGGCUGAGGGCGAGAGGACUAAGCUUGCUGAAGGAUACUACGAGAUUGAGGCUGUCCGCAGAAAGCGCGUUAGGAAGGGUCAAGUGCAGUACCUCAUCAAAUGGCGAGGCUGGUCGGAGGCGGCAAACACAUGGGAGCCUCUGGAGAAUCUGUUGCAAUGCUCGGAUGUUAUUGAUGCAUUUGAAGAAAGGUUUUUAUUUCUGCUUCUAUUGUCAUUUGAAAGCUGGGAAAAGUAGGUCGACCCGCAAAAGAAAGCGCAAGACUGGAGUAACUCAUGUUCAAACCAAGAAAAAGCAGCACCACCAGCAGCAACGAUCCCCUGCAGCUGCUACUUAUAACGUGCCCUCACACGUGAUCAGGAUUGCAGAGGAGCCAUUAUCCUUUCCCAGGCUAAAUGACUUGAGUGGUACAAAUGAGAGUGGGGAGACUAAUGUCAACAGCAUAAACAGUAUAGAAAACUCCAAGAAAGUAAUAGAGAAUGGUGCAAGGAUGGUUUCUGUUAUUACGGAAUAUGAAAAGGAGCAAAAUGAGUUGGAUCUGAAGAUCUGUGAAUUGAAGGGAGCAAUGGUGGUCAGUACUGAAAAUGCUAACAGGCUUGCUAUAACAUCCCAAGAAAGCCAACUGGCAGGAGAAGAUGCUUUGGCAAAUGGAUUAAGGAAGACUGAUGGUGUUGACCCAAACCAAUUAGGUCGUUGUAUAGGAGCUAAAAAGAGGAAAUCUGGUUCCGUUAAGAGGUUCAUGAAAGAUCCGACAUCAUGCUCUGUGGAUGAUGCACUAAAUGGAGAUCCAGGAUGUGCUUCACUUGUACCUAUAAGUAUUCAACAUCCAGAUUUUCUUGAGAACAAUUCGAAUUGCAAGAAUACAUAUGAAGAUUCAAAAAGCAUGUGCACGAUCACCCAAAUUGUCAGGCCUAUAAGCUAUAAAGCUUCUGUAUCAAACAAUGUUCAAGAAGUCUUAGUAGCCUUUGAGGCUGUGAGGUCUGAUGGAACCAAAGUCACAGUGGAUAACAAAUUUUUGAAGGCUAACAAUCCACUUUUGCUGAUAGACUUUUAUGAGAAACAUUUACGGUACAGCCCGACAUGACAAACUGACUAAUCUGGCGCCCAAAAGCAGUAGUAGCAGCAUAUUGUAUCCUUGAUGUACAGUGUUAUAGUUUGUUGUAGCUGAAGGUCGCACGCAGGCCAUGUAGCAAAAUAUCCAUAAGAACGCUGGUAAAUAGUGUUAAGCUGGAUUGUAGAACUUUUAUGUAUCAAUUUUACCUUCAUAUAAUUGAGUUACUACGGAACGAGUAUGGUGAAAACGAUGAACCCGCA